AACGAGACUGAAACUAGUGUUGUUUCUCGCUACGAUGAGACUUAUAAGAAACUCGAUAAGCUCGAUUUCGUGACCGCUGCCAAGAUCUUGUUCACUGAACCACCCAAGACCAAUAAAUUUGGGUUUGAUUGGCAUGUGGUUCAAUUCAUCAUCGUCUGCUUGCCAUCUGUAGCUGUGUAUCUGGUUGCUCAAUAUGCUCGCCGUAAAAUGAAGAUCAUGGACGCUGAACUUGGAGAGAAGAAACGGAAAGAAGAAGAAAAGAAAGAGAAAGAAGAAGCUGAACAAAAGGCGUUAGCAAAAGAAGCAGCAACCAAGUCUCACGACGAGCUAAUGGAGAUGAAAGAGAGACUUGGAAAAAUCGAAGAGACAAUCAAAGAUAUUGUUUUGGAAGCAAAAAAACCUUCAGGGAAUGCUCCAACCAAAACCCAAGAUGAUCAAUCCACCAAACUCUCCCCAAAAGAAGAAUCAAAACCAGAAAAAAGAACACAAGGUUAAUGUAUAGAAGAAACCAGGUGAUAAACCUCGUUGAGAUGAUUAGAAGGGAAACUUAGGUUGUAGAUGAACAAGGAUGUACCCUUUUGUGGGUUAUUAUUUUUUUGGAACUAAUACAGCAGUUGAUGCAAUUCUCUGA